AUGUGAUGCCCCACUUGGACUACAGUAGCCAUGUGAUGCCCCGCCUGGACUACAGAAGCCAUGUGAUGUCCUGCCUGGACUUCAGUAGCCAUGUGAUGCCCCGCCUGGACUACAGUAGCCAUGUGAUGCCCCGCCUGGACUACAGUAGCCAUGUGAUGCCCCGCCUGGACUACAGUAGCCAUGUGAUGCCCCACUUGGACUACAGUAGCCAUGUGAUGCCCUGCCUGGACUACAGUAGCCAUGAGAUGCCCCGACUGGAGUACAGUAGCCACGAAAUGCCCCGACUGGAGUACAGUAGCCAUGAGAUGCCCCGACUGGAGUACAGUAGCCACGAGAUGCCCCGCCUGGACUACAGUAGCCAUGUGAUGCUCCCGCCUGGACUACAGUAGCCAUGUGAUGGCCCGCCAUGACUACAGUAGCCAUGAGAUGCCCUGCCUGGACUACAGUAGCCAUGAGAUGCCCCGAUUGGAGUACAGUAGCCACGAGAUGCCCCGCCUUGAGUACAGUAGCCAUGAGAUGGCCCGCCAUGACUACAGUAGCCAUGGCAUGCCCCAAUUGGACUACAGUAGGCAUGUGAUGCCCCGGCUGGACUACAGUAGCUAAGCAUGAAGGCGUCACAAACAUGGGCGACUGUCAUCCCAGAACAAAGUCAACUGUCAUGUAUGGAAACACUGAGAGCUUCAACACCAACAACUGUGUACAGAGAACAUUAAGGCUGGACUCACUGACACUCAUAUUACUGAACAAAUAUAAACUGAUAACGCUGACCACUUCACAAGAGGCAGCAGUUUUAUGAUUACUUUGGAGGUGAUUGUUCGUUGUUUUGUGUAAUAAUACACGAAACUACCUGUCCACCGAGGCCGUUAAGCUCAAAAUGGUCUUCAGGAAGUCUAUUAGGAUCCAUAACAAGCCCCCGGCUUCCUGUCCUAGCCCUGACCCUAAAUUGUUGACUGAGGUCAUAUAUAUCGGGGAAACUUUGACUGUUGCUGACUGGUCUGAUGCAUAAAGUGGCCACUUGGUUGGUGGUCUUUGUUUAAGGUGGUCGUCGACUGGACGAGCAUUUAAUGUAACUGUAAACUGGCUGUCAAGAUGAUUACUGGCUGUACUGCUUUAUUUCUUUAUAGUUUGCAGUAAUGGGCUCUAGUCAUAAAGUUUGUCGUUAGGUUGUUAAUGGUAAUGUGUUUAAUUGGUUAACAUCAUUAUCUCCUGCACCGUUACCAGUGACCACUGUCAUCCUGCAGGCCCUGGUGGCGGGAGUCGUUAGUGGUGACCAGGUGCUGGUGUUGGCCGCCCUCGCCCUGGGUGCUGACACCUCCGUCACGGUGGCGGAGACUCUUACCCAAGAGUCACACUGCAUGUUGACCGAGGCGGCUGGGAGGGGUCACACUCACCUGGUGCCUCACCUGUUGGCGGCGGGACUCUCCGUGGAGGGUUCAGGGGAGUCCUACUACACACCUUUACACUGCGCGGCUUGCAACGGUCAUGACCAGGUGGUGAGGCAGCUGCUCAGCGCCCAGGCUCACCUGCAGGCCAGGGGUCUUGAUGGUGUGACCGCACUACAUGCGGCAGCGCAGAAUGGUCAUAAGUCGUGUGUGGUGACGCUACUUGGUGCCGGCGCUGACCCUGACUCUCGGGACGACGAUGGUCGGUCACCACUGCACGAUGCUGCCUUACGUAACCACACAGGUGUUGUGCAGGUGUUGCUGACAGCUGCCGGGUGUGACCGUCACGCUGUAGACAAGCACGGGGAGACAGCACUACACGAGGCAGCGAUGGGCGGAGGUCUGGAGGCAACACAGUGCUUGGUGGCGGCCGGCCUCGACCCUCGCGCCAGGAACAUGGAGGGACACACACCUCUGGACGUGGCGAGGCUGGCAGGUCGUGACCGUGUGGAGUGGUGGCUGAGGAAGCUGCCUCGCCCCCACCCUGCUGCUGGGACACCCACGCUGCCUCGCCCCCACCCUGCUGCUGGGACACCCACGCUGCCUCGCCCCCACCCUGCUGCUAGGAC